CCUUCUCACUUGAUCCUGAAGAAGCCAUCGUCGGCAAGAGGAAGGAGAUGGAGGUGAAGAUGAGGGCAGCUGCCAUUGCUGUCCUCUGCAUGUUUCUGAUGCUGUCCGGGCAGCAGCAGGAGGUGGCUGCCAUGUCCAAGUACUGCGAGUGCUACCAUGGGUGCUACACGGGGUGCAGGCAGCAUAUGCCGCCUUGGGCAUGUAUGGUAUUGUGCGUCGUCGACUGCAGGCCCAACCAGCCCGGCGAUGGUGACGGCUACAGCAGCAGCAGCGUCACCUCAUGCAGGAAGGCCUGCAGCCUUUUUUCCAGCCGUUUCUCCAUCUGCGGCUCGUCAGCGGCACUGCCCGAUUCAACUGAUGCCGCGUCAUGUGUGCAAAACUGCAAUGAGAAGCUGAGCCUGAACUGACGCCAAGAUUUUAAGAAGAAAAGGAUACUUUAAUAGCCUUGUCGACUAUGCAAUCGUCCUUAUGUUCAACGGCAGUCAUUGUAGCAGGAUAGUUCCGUGGAAGUUUGUGAAUCUCAUCUCGGCUCUUAUAGUCUUA